AGAGGCACAGACGGAGCAUCAUUUGCAAUGGUUGAGGAAAGCACAGAGUAAUGGGAUUGGUUGAGGGAGGGUGUAGCGUCACCGCCAGUGAGGGGGAGUUCUGAGGAUGCUCCGCUGAACUGGGAGGGAAUACAUUCGCUGUGAGUUUGCACUGAGAGCUCAGCCAUUAUCAGCUGUGCACAGAGAACAGGGGCUCCUCUGCAGAAUCAUUCUCCACACCCGGUGCUUGUUGACUCUUCUUUUCUCUCAGCUGCAGCCAUGAAUUAUUUGCGCCGGCGCCUCUCGGACAGCACGUUCAUCUCCAACCUGCCCAAUGGCUACAUGACAGACCUCCAGAGGCCUGACAAUGCUCAGCCUCCUCCACCUGCCUCCACCACCCCUGCCAAGUCUCCUACAACCGGGCCUACACCUCCAGCCACUUCCCCUGCUCCAGAGAGGAAACCCCAGCCAUCUCAGUCCUCCGGAGCGGGCUUCUUCAGCUCCAUCACCAACGUUGUUAAGCAGACAGCUGCCUCAGCAGGGCUAGUGGAGCAGACCCAAGUCACGACACCCAAGAAGUUCAAGAUUCUCCUUGUGAUUGAUGAACCACAGCAGGAGUGGGCGAAAUUAUUCCGGGGGAAGAAACUACAUGGAGAUUAUGACAUCAAAGUGGAGCAGGCUGAAUUCAAUGAGAUCAACGUGGUGGCUCAUGCUAAUGGCACCUGCAACGUUAACAUGCAGGUUCUCAGAAAUGGCACCAAGGUUAUCAGGUCAUUCAAGCCCGACUUCGUCCUCAUUCGUCAACAUGCCUUCAGUAUGACCCAGAAUGAAGAUUUUCGCAACCUCAUCAUCGGUCUGCAGUACGGAGGGGUCCCAUGCAUAAACUCGCUGGAGUCCAUCUACAACCUGUGUGACAAGCCAUGGGUGUUUGCCCAACUUAUCAACACCCACAGGAAGCUGGGUGCUGAGAAGUUCCCUCUGAUUGAGCAGACCUUUUAUCCAAACUACAAGGAGAUGGUAAGCAUGCCAUCGUUUCCUGUUGUUGUGAAGAUUGGACACGCCCACUCUGGUAUUGGAAAGGUGAAGGUGGACAAUCACAGUAAGUUCCAGGACAUAGCCAGCGUUGUGGCUCUCACCCAGACAUACACCACCACAGAACCUCUCAUCGACUCCAAGUACGACAUCAGAAUCCAGAAGAUCGGCACUGACUACAAAGCCUACAUGAGGACAUCUAUAUCUGGUAACUGGAAGACCAAUACUGGCUCAGCUAUGCUUGAGCAGGUGGCCAUGACUGAUAGGUACAAGCUGUGGGUUGACACCUGCUCAGAGAUUUUCGGGGGUCUGGAAAUUUGUGCAGUCAAAGCUAUCCAUGGGAAAGAUGGCAGAGAUUUCAUCACCGAGGUGGUGGGCUCUGCCAUGCCCCUGGUGGGUGAGCACCAGGCCGAGGACAGGCAGCUUAUCGCUGACAUGGUGCUGGCAAAAAUGAACCAGGCAGCAGAGAACGAAGCUAACGCUCCCCAGAGACCCACCACCAUACAGCCAUCCCAGGGAACUGGCCAGAAGGGAGAGCUUGUCGGUGAACCCACUAAAAACAGUGCCGGGCGCCCGCCUCAAGGUUGUCUGCAGUACAUUCUCGACUGUAAUGGCGUUGCAGUGGGUCCAAAACCAGUCCAGGCCAACUGAGUCACCCAGGGGGAAAGUGUGGAAGUCUCAGAGUCAAGAUAACAACAACGUACCUUAGCUGAACACAAGCGCAGACGUGUGUGUGUGGUAUCUGAUAGGUAGAAUCAGAUCUUGGUGACGGAGGCUCGGUGCAGCUGAGUGCUGGCCUGGACUGUGUUUUUAACUCUAUGCAGUGUCAAAAUGUACUGUCUACUUGUUGACCUGUUGAUUUGUGUGCUUGUAUAGGUCACAUAUGUUUCAGUAGCUGUGGUUUUUUUCCUUUGGGGCUGUUGUUGAUGAUGUAAAAAGCAGAUUGUGCCUACACUGAGUUCAGUGCUGCUCUGUGCUACCCGUUCGACCCAGCUAUGGAUCUUUGAUUUGCCCCCUCCCCCUCCUUUUUCUGUUUCCUAUUUUGGUGUGUACCUUUAGAUAUUGUUCAAACUGUGGACUAUCGUGCAGUUUGAAGUUUGUGUAUAUCUCAAUAUGUAUACAGUACGUGAGUGUGUAUGGCUGUAGUGGUGAUUAUUUUCAUACUUAUACUAAUAGAUAUUUAUUUUUGUUUUGCAUGACUGAUACAAAGGAAGGUGCAAGUCAGUUAUUAAUGUCUGAUCAAGCAGGAUGUUCACGUGACAUCGCUGUUUUGCCCGAGCUGUGUUCCCUGUGAUUCAUGCAUUGUGAAUGUGUCAUAAGAAAUGCAUAUUAUCAAAGUUACUACAAGGAUACAUGUAUUCAUAACCAAACAUGCAUUACAACAGUGUGCAUACACACACAAUAGAGACAUACAGUAUGAGGCCUUUCUUAGAGUUCAUCUUUUCAUCUAUAUUGUCACAAUGUCAGAGAGUAUUUAGAGUGAUUUUAGGAAACUAAUAGAUGGACACAUAAUAAAUAUUAAAAAUUAGUCAAAGAUUUAUUAAAGAUUUUAUCAUGUAGGAUGUUGUGUGGGUGUCUGCACACACAUCUUAAAUAUAUUUAUAUAAUUUUGAACCAAAGAAUGAAUAAUUUACUUUGAAACAGUCUUUGCACUCCAGUAACCCACAAUGUAAAUACCAGUGAGGGGACUGUUAAUACUGCAGUGUGUCACAUGGAGUGUGUAAUUUCACCAGAGAACAGCGCUCCGAGACAAUACUUAUGUUUUCCAAAUUGCCUGUUGUGAAUCACACGCCAGUGAACUGAUGCUGUAUUCGAAUCGUCGUCUUUUUCGGUUGUGUGGAGGCAGACAUCACGGCUGAUAAUGAAGCCGUGUAUAAUGUCUGAUCUGCCGUGUAAUGCCAGAUAUAAUGCCCCCCCUUCCCCUCCGCUCCCCUCACACUGGAUAUUGGCUAUCAUGGUGUUGUUGCCAUGACAACAAUGCAAGUGCUCUGAGGUUUAGUGUGGACUCGUGCCCGUGUUACUGCCAUUCAAAGAUUUAACACUCUUCCUGCGAGUUGAUGGAAAGUGCAAUGUAGAUCUUUGUUUUUUCUUCUUAAUCAAUAUUGUAUUAAUUUUUUGAAAUAAGAUCUUCCAUUGAAUUAAUUCCAAAAGCUAUAGUCAUCAAUGUAUGUAUCGUUUCAAAACCUUUUUACACAGCUGUCACAAUCACUUGGUUGGUGUCCGGCGGCUUUUUUUUUGUGGAGGCCAUUUCAUAUAUCUAAUACCCUAAAUGGUGAAACAGCUAAAAAGCAACCAAAUCAACUGUAAAAAGAAAUCUGUACCGUUUUUCCAACAACUUAUUUGUUACUAUAGUAUGAAAUAUGUUCAGCAAGCUCUGUGUGCAAUUUCUUUUCCAAGUUGUAUAAAGUGCCAUUGUAUCUGUGAGCGUGUCCUUGUGAAAGCCAUGCCUGAGGCUUUAUGGGUGUGUUGUUCUGUUCAAUAGGAAAUAUGCCAUGGCGUUGAUUUCCAAGGGAGGAACGUGCAGAGGUACCAAACCCCCACUGCAUGGUUAGACCUUGGUUCAGUGGUCGUGGUGGAAUAUUUGAUCAAAUCUAACUGGAUGUGUUUAUUUGGCCAUUGUGUUGAGGUGAAACUUAUAUCUUCAGACCUGCAGGACUGUAACUAUUAAGGGCCGUGGUGACUUGAUAGUAAAUAUGUACUUUAACUCCGGUGUUGGACUGUUUAAAAUCACGAUCAGAGUACAAUAUAAUGUGGAAAAGAUUCCAUUCUGGAUAUUUCCCCUCUGUCACUGGCAAUAAAGCUUCCUUUGCAAUAUA